CAACCGUUUAAGCACUGUGCAGCAAUCUCCCAAUGACGCGAAAGAUGAACUGUCAUUUGUUCUAAACGUUUAGUAUUUAAAAAAAAUGGAUUCGUUUAAUGUUGCUGAUAAAACGUUUCCAGUGGAUUUAGAUGGAAGUUGCAAUGCCAAUCUACUGGGGGAGGUGACAUAUGGUGAAAUCGGAACAGCGCCCCCCAUGAUGGAGAAGAUGAACACUGGGCGCAAGUCGCCAGUCCGGGGUCCAACGGCGAAAGAGGUCAACAAAGAGAUAGCUGAACUCAAAAAGGAGAAUUUCAACCUGAAGCUGCGGAUCUACUUUUAUGAGGAGCGUGUUAAUACAAGGGAUAGGGACCAGGAUGUGAUUAAGUAUAACAUUGAGUUGAACAUGGAGGUUGCCAGGUGCAAGGAAGAGCUGCGACAGAAGCAGGAACUGCUCGACAAGGCCUCACAAGCAAUAGAGACCAUGACAGGCAGGUACAACGAGGAGCUUGACAAGGAAAUGGUGAAAAUCCAGCAAGACAGCAAAGACAAAAUGGAGGAAGCGAGAAAGAGAAUCCUCAGCCUGGAGGAGCAGGUGAACUCUCUCAGUGAUCUCACGGAGGCCUUUAAAGAGGACCUGGGUACACAGAAAGCUGAGCUGGAGGGGAAGAUCAGGCAAGCAAAGGAGUUGACUGCCACCCUGGAGAAAAGAGACAAAGAAGUAAAAGAACUGAAUGAGAAGGUAACAGCAGGCGAGAAUGAGAUAAAACGACUGAAAGAUGAAGCAGUGAAGCGAGAUCUGGACCACGCAGAACAACUAGAUCAAUUACAGACUAAUCUGGGACGUAAAGACAGGGAUGUCAAGCGUCUUUCAAUCAUUGUACAAGAAAAGACUAAGAUUGACGGAGUGACGGCCCUUGAACGCUCUCACUUGAAGGAUGAAGUGGAGGAUAUGAAAAAGAACCUGGACAAGUUGCGACAGAAGUGCCAGGGGCAGGAAAACCAGAUGAAGAAAAAGGACGACCUUGUGGCUAAACUGGAAGACCUACUGCGUUCCAAGGAGGCGGAAAAGGAGGAAUGGAAGAAAAAGCAUGAUGACCGACUAAAAGCAUACAACAGAGCAAAAUGCAUAGUUAAAGAUGGAGCACAAAUGUUAAUUGACCAUAAGUGUGAGAUCAUUGAGUUGAAAGCAAAAAUAUCUGAGCUGGAAAACACAAUUCAGUCCUUAAGAGAGCAAAUAAAUGCCUUACAAGGAGCAAAAAGCAAGAGGGCAAGACGGUUGAGUGUGCCCAUGGACAGCUAUAACUAUAAAGAGGAGCUCAUGCGAACCCUUGGCAAACGUGAUGGGGAACUCGAUAACUUUAGAGACCUACUCAACCGCGCAGAGAAGUCCCUCGCACUCAGUGAACAGGCCGUAGAGGCAUUGCAGAGGGAGCUGGAAAAAGAAAGAUCUUCAAAGGAUACCGGCAGUAACAAGGACAACGAGCUUUCAUCGCUAAGAAAAGAGCUCAGCAGACUCCAUGCAGAGCUCGAGCAGCAGGCUCAGAGCCACGCAACAGAGCUCCAGAAGCAGGCAGUCACCCAUAAAGCUCAGUUGAAAGAGCUCAACGACCAGGCUCGCACUUACCGGUCACAGCUAGAUGAGAUGGCCAAAAGGCACCAAGACCAGCUUGAUAGACAGACGUCCCUGAUAGAAGGGAUGAGGGAUGGGACAUUCCACGGCAAGAUGGGUCCGUUUGAUAUGAACCUCCACAUCACAUCUAACCACGUGACCUCCUUCCCGGACCACAGUGACCCCCCUUCCCAGGGAUCUCAGAGCCCUACGGACGGGGGUCACAUGAACCAUCACAGGAACCCCUUCAGAGGUCACAGGUCGCGCGAUUCCAGUUCCCUGACAGAAUCAUUUCAGGAGCGGGGACGAAAUGAUAGGAGUAGCAAUGGCUUCAUCAAUGGACUGUCGGGCCGUCCCUCUGACAGCCAGGCACAAGAUAGAACUCAUCUAUCGGACCUACAGCAGAGUGACGAAAUAAGUCGCCUGCGCAGUCAGGUCAAUGACCUUGUCGCCAAGAACAGCGACCUUGAGUUGACCCUCCGGGCCACGGAGGAGACUGUUCGCUGCCAGACCCAAAAGAUGAAACUGUAUAGAGGGAUGCUGGUUGAGAGUGGCAGCAUUCCAAGGUCAAGGUCACAGAGUCUUCCACAAAGCCCCGUCUCAGGUAUAGGCUCUGGUUCCCCACCCCCGGAGAUGCAGAGACAAAGUCGAAGUCCCACUAGAAAGUCAGAGGGCCAGUCUCAGAAACUGCCGCGUUUCAGAUCAGCUUCCCCGUUGCUUGGUGCUCAAACCGAUAUCCUUAUCAUUAAGCAUAAGCGUGAAAUCGAGGCACUUCAGAAAGAAAACGCAAAGCUCAAACAGCAAAUCGAUGGGUACCAAAAAGUGCUGAACGUAUUCCAGAGCAGGAGUCCUAGUCCUGGCGACGCAGGCUCCAACUCGAGACGAUCUAGUUCGGAAUCAAAUCACUCGACCUCGGACAUGAGUACUGUUGACGGGGAACCGAUAAGUACCGAGAGUGCCAGUUGCAUCGUAGAAAGUUGGGUGGGGUUGUUGAAUAAGUUUCUUGACGAGCUCGGGGAAAAUCAAGGUUAUCGGGAACUCCCGUUGGCGUCGGUGGAAGUAAGUCGUUUAAAACGGGGCCUUGCGCAAGUUAGAGGCGCUUUGCACUCGCUGACUGACACUCCUAGAGCCACAGAUCCCAGAGGUCGUCUCUCUCCAGACAGUGGGUGUUCAGACAAUGCACAAAGCGGACCAAACACCCUGAAGUCCCCACUUACCAGCCCUGGACGCAGCAACAAUGCAGUCGACCUGACGUCCUCUCAGCUAAGUGUAACCAGUCCGAAUCGCAGUAGCCAGUCCAGUUCCAAGCUGGAGCACAGCGAAACCUACAUCACCAGUCCACGUUUAAGUAAUGGCAAAGAAACCAGUCUGCGAGACGAGCCCAGUCCUUCAGAUCACACCCUCAAACAGAGCAACAUUUUCGAAGAUUCAGAAUCUCCAUCAAACAGUGGCAAAAAUGCUUCAUAUCGCUCUGGCUCUUGCAGCUCUCAGCAGACUGCCGCAAGUUCCCUGUAUAAAGACAAAAGAUCAUCAGUUGAUGCUGCUGUUAAAGAUCCCGCCAGCGAAGACUCCAUGCUUGCGGCCACUAGGAUCAGUCACUUUUUCCGAACCCGGGCAAACUCGAGCUACCCAGGCAUGGACUUUACCCGAGACGAGAGUUUGAACUUUGACAACGAUGGCGGCGAUUCUCCAGACGCGGCCAUAGUGCCUGAUCCUUUGCGCUUUGGAAUAAGUAAACCUCUUCAAGACAGCACAGUGAGCUCCGUGAGUUCUGCAGUGGAAAGGGGGUCACAGAGGCUGACGAUGCAGAGCACAGAUUCCUGCGAGAAGCUUCGACACUGCAGCGAAAAGACCAUCGCAAACGAUUUCAGCAUCAACAGCAUUAAUACCCUCUCCAGUACCCACAGCAGCACAUUCCGAUCCCAGACAGCCUCUAUCCCUAGACAGAAGGUCAUCCCAGAGAUCUCGGUGACUAGACCGUCUUUUGAGCGUAUUGAUGUCACGAACAUGUCGCCAGAUCGUCUGGAGAUGACAGUGACUAUGGAGGAGAUACAGACCUCACCGGAAGACGGGAGUUCACCUGAAAACGGGAGUUUGCCUCAGACUUUCAACGUGACCCUCAUGGAUGUGCUAGGGACUCGUAGACAUAAUGCAAGCGGAAGCCCAAACAAGGACUUGUUCCAAAACACAUUUUCUACGUCUUUCAUUGAAGGGGUCGGUGACCAGACACUGAACCCUGACGCGAGUGCCCAAUGUAUACAGGACAUCAGCACGAACAUCACCAGUGACCAGGAGAACAAACGGGACAUGAAGAGGACCUUGGAAACAAUGGAAAAAGUCCUCACCAGUUUCAGCGAGGGUCAAGGUCAUGGUCGGGGGUCAAGGUCGUUCAAGGAUCUUGAGACGGAGCUGAUGAAAAUCUUGAAACAACUACAAGAACAACUGGAGCAGAGCUUGAUUGAGAACCAACACAUAGCAGAACAACUCAUGUUUUACUAUCAGAGCUCUGUGAGUUCCAUACAGGACCAGGACAGACAGCUUUCAAAGUACGAGCAGUUGUUGAUUGGGACCAAUAAAAAACUGGAGGAAAAGACAAUGCAGCUUAAAAACAAAGAUUCCAUCGUAUCUCAACUGCAAGUGACCCUGAACGAGUUCAAGAUGUCUUCCACACAGGAUCGCACAGAUAUCGCGACCUUUAAAACCAAGAUGGCUGCCCUGGAAUCAGAGAGAAACACACUCAAAACUGAAAUCUCAGAUAUCAAAACGACUAACGUGAAACUGCGAAGCCAGGUGAAGUCGCUUGAAACGGAGCAGGCGAACUCCAAAGACAUUGUGGAGAAGUUGAAAGCGAACUGCCAUAAUCUGAUGUCCGCCCUUGAGCAAUAUAAGAAACGUUCCGAACAACUUGUGGAAGACAACAAGAACCAUAUGGAGGCGGUGUACAGGCAUCAGAACAAGGUCAGAGACCUAGAGGAUGUAUUGUCACAGAAGAAGUCAAUGGAGAUGCAGUGGCAGGCGAGAGUGGCUCAGCUGGAAAGUGACCUUGACCUUCAACUAGAAAAUGAGGACAAGAACCAUAGCGCAUUGAAUGAUGAGAAGUCAAGGGCGAGCAAGUUGGCGGCCGACUUGAAGGCCGCAAAUGACGCACUUACAAAACGGGAGCAGGAGCUGCAAGUUAUGAAGGAGCGAGUCUCGGUUUACAAACAGAACGCUGAGUCUCAGAUGAGUCAGCUGAAGACGAAGUACGACCAGGCAAAGCAAGUCCUAAAGGAAGAGAUCAAUUACAGGGAAAAAGUGGAGAAUGAAAAAAAUUCUGCCUUAAAAAACUGCCAAAUGUUUUACGACUACAUCUGCAAGUUGAAGAAGGAGAAAAGAUCAAGUGAGAGGAAGAUUCAGGAGAUUCUCACACUGCUGCAGAGGGAAAAAGAGCAACAGAACAACGGCUCUGAAGGUUCUAGGGAGGAUGUCCUUCUGCUGCUACGGUCAGUCAACCAACGUCUGCCACCGAUGAUAGAAGAGAACCAGAAGAUCUCUUCAGAUGUCAAGGCAGUAUUGAAGGACUGGGACCAAUUGCUCUCAGGGAGAUCGGAAUAUGCAUCUUCACUCAGUGAGCAGGAUAAUUCUCAAGAUUUCGACCAAGGUUUUGAAGGCAACCUGACCUGGCCUCAGAGGAGAAAUGUGCAAACACCAGAUGACUGGUCAAAAACUCUACCACUAAGGGACAUCACUCCAUCCUUGAAUGAGUCUGGUAGUGGUUCUCUCCCUUUGAAGAAGAAAAAAUCAGAUGAAAACAGGAAGUUGGGUGAGGCUGGUUACCAGGAGAUUUUCAGCGUGCCUGGACCAAUCUACAGGCAGGGAAUCAGUGACAGAUGUCUGAUCUAUAAUGUGAACGACAAGCCAGAGUAUUUGUCAGGCCUCACACAGGUUAGGAUAGACUCCGACCAAAGGUCGCUGUUUGCAAUAGGAAUGAUAGACACUUUCGAAAAGCUCCGUAAGGAAACCAACGAGUGCAGCGUGAUACUGCGUGGUGCGAGCACGCGAAUCAACGAGCGACUCAAAGUGUUCACCACUGGCCCUGCCACAGAGAGUCUCGAGUACUCUGUACUGAAAGAGCUGGCGUUUGCGAUGCAGAAUCUCAACAUCUGCGUGGACUCUCAACAGACAGCCAUUGGGUUCUUCUGGACCAGCGAACUGCCAGCCCCAAACCAGCACGGUGAAUUUGUCAACCAGAAGUUAUUGGAUCAGGUGGCCUACCUGAAAAAUGAGCUUGGAAUGCUGAGGAAGAAGUACGAGUCGAAUGCCGGACAGGAGGACCAAAUCUGCAGAUCAUUGGAAAGCACUCUGGAUGUGGUGACGAGGGCAAAGUACAACUUGCAGAGACAGAUGCCUGGAAGUCCGAGAUAAUGAAACACCUGAGCCAAUAUGUUCUGGGAAAACCGGGCUUAAUGAAUGUGGGUAAAGUGUUGUCCCUGAUUAGCCUGUGAAGUCAGCACAGGUUAAUGAGGGACAACACUUUCUGCCUAACUGGAUUUUUGUGAAGAAGAGAUUUUACGUAAACAAAAACUGCCAUAAAACAGUAAGUGUCGUCCCUGAUUAGCCUGUGCAGACUGCAUAGGCUAAUCCAUAAGGACACUAAACACACAUGCACUAAGCCUUGUUUUCCUAGAGUUUGGCUCAUGGAAAUAUAGAAUGCAUCAACUGACUUUCACUAGAACUAAUUGGACUUUAGGCAAGAAUCGAACUUGGGGAUGCAAACAAGAACUGUAUAUAGUGUGCGUGUCAAUGUUAAAAUGACGGGAACAUGUUUAUUGGGUUCAGUGGAACUUGUAUCUCAACUAUUUAGAGAAAUUAUUGUUAACUUUUUUAAGAUUCCCAAUUUAAUAAGACAAACCUGGUAUUAUAAAAAAUUGGGUCAAGCAUAAAAUGUAAGGGUAGGGCUGGUUAUUAGAAACAUUUUUUUUCUUCUAAUGCAAUGAAAAUAAUGAUUAACAUACAAGACUUUUGUAUGCAUUGUUUACAAGUUGUUCCUAAAUGUAGGCCUAAAGCCAGAAUGGUUUCAUAUUUGUACAUUCAAUUAAAUAAUUUACUUAACACUAUGCC